AUGCCCGAGCUCAACGUCCCCGGCGCCAUUCUCCACUACGAGACCUUCGGCUCAGACGGUCCUCUUCUGGUUCUUAUACCCGGAGCCCAAGGCUGUGGCAGUAUCUUCCACUCCGCCGCCAAGUGUCUCGCCGCUCACUUCACCGUUGUGUGCUACGACCGCCGCGGAUGCUCGAAAAGCUUUCUUGAUGGCAAACAAGACUUCCAACAGCGCCUACAGACUGACGCUGACGAUGCUCAACGGCUGAUCGUUCACCUUUCUCCCGAUGGGACCGCCGCUGUCUUUGGAACGUCGUCCGGCGCCAUCGUGGCCCAACAGUUGCUGGCCAGUCAUCCCGAGUGUGUGACAAAGCUUAUUUCACAUGAGCCCCCAUCCUUCUCCAUUCUUCCAACGGAAUUCCAACAGCAGGCCUACGGACUCAUCAGCCACAUCUAUGACACAUAUCGAGCUCACGGUCCUGGCACGGCAAUGGAGGUCUUCUCUUCGAGUCUGUCCGAGGGUCCCGAGGCGAGCAUGAUGAAAACCGCCAUGGACGCAAAGCGCGGCGACGAGGUCCGCGCGAAUACUAUGUUUUGGUUCGAGUUUGAGUUGAGACAGUAUACGAGUGCUCCAGUCGAUGUUGAAGGCCUUGUCAAAGCGAAAGAGAAGUUGAUCCUCGUCAUGGGAGCGGACAGUGGCGAAGGAGCGAUGAUGGGUGUGAUUAAGACCAUUGCCGGACGAGUCGGCAUAGAGGUUCAGAGCAUAUCUGGCGGCCAUUUGGGUUACAUGGUUAAGCCUGAAGAGUGGGCAAAAGACGUAGUAGAGUUACUCAAAUAG